AAAAAAAAAAAAAACAAAGUGAAAAUCAUUGCAUUGAAGUCGUUAUCAAAAAAUACUAAAAAAGGGGCGAAUUUAUACUUGUUGUAAAUUUUUCAUUGUUGUAAAAGCAAAUGAAAUGCAAACUGAGUAAUAUAAUCAAUAAAAGUAAAGACUAAAUACCACAAAUUCCUAUAGAUUUGGAAAGAAAACAGAAAAGAUUAAUAAAUUUAACUAAGCAACUUCUUCUAAGGUGUGAAAUAUCGCGUGAGUGCGUUGGUGUUUGUUUUAAAAUAAUCAAAACGAGCAAGUUGUUAUUAAAUUGAUAGAAAAAGUUCAAAUAUUUUUUUCGUGUAAGAGCACACUUCAUUAAGUCUGCAGCAGUAAAAAUUUUAAAUUUAAACUCUCCUUUCUGUAUAGGGGAGAGUUUAAGUAAUAAGAAGAAGACAGUAAAAAAGCAAAGCAAAAGAUUUUUUCACUUUUGCCAGUUUUUUAAAAAACUUCAAAAAUUAACAAAUUAACAACAAUGGCACCUGUGCGGGGGGAUGGCAUGCGUGGUUUAGCGGUAUUCAUAUCGGACAUAAGAAAUUGUAAAAGCAAAGAGGCCGAAGUUAAACGUAUCAAUAAAGAAUUGGCCAAUAUACGUAGUAAAUUCAAAGGCGACAAAACAUUGGACGGAUAUCAAAAAAAGAAAUAUGUUUGUAAAUUAUUGUUCAUAUUUUUGCUGGGGCAUGAUAUUGAUUUUGGACACAUGGAGGCGGUUAAUUUAUUAUCAUCGAAUAAGUAUUCAGAAAAACAAAUUGGCUAUCUAUUCAUUUCAGUUUUGGUUAAUACUAAUAGCGAUUUGAUACGUUUGAUUAUACAAUCGAUUAAAAAUGAUUUGCAAUCACGAAAUCCGGUCCAUGUGAAUUUAGCUUUGCAGUGCAUUGCUAAUAUCGGCAGUCGUGAUAUGGCUGAAUCAUUUUCCAAUGAAAUUCCAAAGCUAUUGGUGUCAGGAGACACCAUGGAUGUAGUGAAGCAAUCAGCGGCACUUUGCCUUUUGCGUUUGUUCCGUUCCAGCCCUGAAAUUAUACCAGGCGGAGAGUGGACUUCUCGUAUUAUUCAUUUGCUCAAUGAUCAGCAUAUGGGUGUGGUAACCGCUGCCACAUCGCUGAUAGAUGCUUUGGUUAAACGUAAUCCUGAAGAAUAUAAAGGUUGCGUUAAUUUGGCCGUUUCUCGUUUAUCGCGUAUUGUAACCGCCAGUUAUACGGAUUUGCAAGAUUAUACAUAUUAUUUUGUACCGGCACCGUGGUUGUCUGUGAAACUAUUGCGUUUAUUACAAAAUUAUAAUCCUGUAACUGAAGAGCCCGGUGUGAGGGCACGUCUAAACGAAACGUUGGAAACGAUAUUGAAUAAGGCGCAAGAGCCUCCGAAAAGUAAAAAAGUUCAACAUUCAAAUGCCAAAAAUGCGGUACUCUUUGAGGCUAUCAAUCUCAUUAUACACAGCGAUAGUGAACCGACUCUUUUGGUGCGUGCUUGCAAUCAGUUGGGUCAAUUUUUAAGUAAUCGCGAAACAAAUUUACGUUACUUGGCUUUGGAAUCUAUGUGCCAUUUGGCUACUUCGGAAUUUUCCCAUGAAGAAGUUAAGAAACAUCAAGAAGUGGUUAUCCUAUCGAUGAAGAUGGAAAAGGAUGUUUCGGUACGUCAGAUGGCAGUUGACUUGUUGUAUGCUAUGUGUGAUCGCAGUAAUGCCGAAGAAAUUGUUCAGGAGAUGUUAAAUUACCUAGAAACGGCAGAUUACUCUAUACGUGAGGAAAUGGUCCUAAAAGUGGCGAUCUUAGCAGAAAAAUACGCAACUGAUUUCACUUGGUACGUUGACGUUAUACUCAAUCUUAUUCGUAUCGCUGGCGAUUACGUGUCUGAAGAAGUCUGGUAUCGCGUCAUACAAAUUGUUAUAAAUCGCGAAGAAGUUCAGGGUUAUGCUGCGAAGACUGUUUUCGAAGCCCUCCAAGCACCUGCUUGUCAUGAGAAUAUGGUUAAGGUGGGCGGUUACAUACUAGGAGAAUUUGGUAAUCUCAUUGCCGGCGAUUCACGUUCAGCUCCUUUGGUACAAUUUAAACUGUUACAUUCAAAAUAUCAUCUAUGCUCACCUAUGACAAGAGCUCUGCUCCUGUCUACGUAUAUUAAGUUUAUAAAUCUAUUCCCUGAAAUACGCACCAAUAUACAGGAAGUAUUCCGUCAAGAUAGUAAUUUACGUUCAGCUGAUGCCGAGCUUCAGCAAAGAGCCAGCGAAUAUUUACAACUGAGUAUUGUAGCUAGCACGGAUGUAUUAGCUACAGUUUUGGAAGAAAUGCCUUCAUUCCCAGAACGUGAAAGCUCCAUACUGGCGGUGCUAAAGAAGAAAAAACCAGGACGAGUGCCUGAAAAUGAGAUACGUGAAUCAAAGAGUCCGGCCCCAAAUACAAUACAGAAUAAUGCACUUACUAAUCACAAAGUCAACAGCAACGCCAAUACCGAUUUAUUGGGUUUAAGUACACCACCGUCUAAUAAUGUGCUAAACAAUAGCACCAAUAGCGGUACCUUGAUUGACGUUUUAGGCGAUAUAUAUGGUAGUACCAAUAAUAAUACAGCCGUUUAUAAUUCCAAAAAGUUCCUGUUCAAGAACAAUGGCGUUUUAUUCGAAAAUGAAAUGUUACAAAUCGGUGUUAAGAGUGAGUUCCGGCAGAAUUUAGGACGUUUGGGCUUAUUUUAUGGCAAUAAAACGCAAAUUCCUUUGACGAAUUUCGUGCCGGCUUUGCAAUGGGAAUCAGAUAAUGCUCUAAAGUUGAACGUUCAAAUGAAACCGGUUGAGCCAACAUUAGAGGCUGGCGCACAAAUACAACAGCUUUUGACGGCUGAAUGUAUAGAAGACUACGCGGAUGCACCGACAAUUGAAGUAAAUUUCCGUUACAACGGUGCCCAGCAGAAGUUUAAUAUUAAGCUACCGUUAACUAUAAAUAAAUUUUUUGAGCCAACGGAAAUGAAUGCAGAUUCGUUCUUUGCCAGAUGGAAAAAUCUAAGUGGCGAUCAACAAAGGGCUCAGAAAGUGUUCAAAGCUCAACAGCCUUUAGAUUUACCCGGUGCACGUAAUAAGCUAACGGGCUUUGGUAUGCAAUUAUUAGAUAAUGUAGAUCCUAAUCCAGAUAAUAUGGUAUGUGCCGGCAUUAUACACACUCAAACGCAACAAGUAGGCUGUCUAUUACGAUUAGAACCCAACAAGCAAGCACAGAUGUUCCGUUUAACAAUAAGGGCCAGCAAGGAGAGUGUUACACGAGAGAUAUGUGAAUUACUUACAGACCAAUUUUAAGUGCA